CAUACUGGUUCACCAGCUAGACCUUGGUUAGACCUGGGUCUGCACUUAUUUUGAUUUAGACUUGUCAAGUCUGGACUUGGAUUAGUCCUGAUUCUUGUUUUUCUAAAUCUGGACCAGGGUUAGAAUUAGUUCAGGUUCUGUAAACCUGGUUUGGAUUAGACCUGGAUCUAUAAAUAUGACCGGUUAUAGCUUGCUCUAGCCCUUGAUUAGAUCUGGUUCUUGUUCUAUAAAUCUGGACCAUGUUGGGCCUGUUUUUGAGUGGCCUAAUCCUGAAUUAGACCUGGACCUGUUUCUGUAAAUUUGGACCUGGAUUACACCUGGUACCUGGUACUGGGUCAGACCUAAAAUUCUGUGAAGUGUGGAGGUGGGUCAGCUCUGCUCCUGGACGUGGUUUGGCUCUGUUGGAGGAUCCGAUGGACCGGUGGAGCUGCAGGAUUUGAAGCGACACCCUGACCUGCUGUCAUGCACACGAUCCACCGUCUGUGUCGAGUCUGCAUCGAACAGAACCUCCCGCAGGUGAACGUUGUUCGAGGAAAAGAUGGUUUUGGAUUCACGAUCUGCUCCGACUGUCCGGUCCGAGUCCAGGCCGUCGACUCUGGCGGUCCGGCUCAUCAGGCGGGUCUCCGUCAGGGAGACUCGGUCCUGCAGCUGAACGGACUUCCUGUCGAAACCUGGAAGUGUGUCGACCUUGCCCACGCCAUCAGGAGUUGUCCGUCUCAGAUCGUGCUGGUGGUCUGGAGAGGGUUACCUGAGCUCCGGUCAGGAUGUGAGGCUUCGCUCCGCCCACCUGCACACAACACGGGUCUCCACCUAAACUCCGCCUCCACGCUGGCCAGCGACUCGAGGAAGAAGACAACAGGCAGGAAGCUGCUGCCUCACCCCGCCCACAGUAAGCAUGGCCCCAGAUGGGGUCAGAGGUCGGGGGUGAGGUCCGGUUUAGGGGCUCUGGGUUCUCUGUGGAGGGACAGGAAGGAGGAGCAGGAGGAGGAACAGGAGGAGGAGGAGGAGGUGACUGAGUAUUCACCUCGCACCACCACGCUCAAGGGCACCCGUGUGACAUCAUCACAUGGAGACAAUUACAUCAUCCUGUCACCUGUCAACCCGGGAGAACAGCUGCUGCAGCCGGUUUAUCACGACAGGAACGGAACGAUCGGGCGUCUGUACCAGACUCACCCCAGCAGAGGUCAGAACCUGCUCCACGACCCCCGACCCGGGUUGUCACAGCGACCAUUCACUGGUCACACUUCCACCCUCACCCAUACCCCCCCCACCUCCUCUUCAUCAGCCCAGCCCACCAACUACGGCAACUACCAGAACUGCACCAUCGUCCAGUCACAUCUGCCCUGCUCCACCUACGGAACCUACGUCACCCUGGCACCCAAAACCCUCAUCUUCCCCAUCUUCGUCCAGCCUCUGGAUCUGUGCAGCCCGGACAGAACCCUGCUGAUGUCAGAGGAAAUGGUUCUACACCAGGCUGACCUGCUGCCUGCGAAGGUGACCGUGUUGAUCUACAGUGACCUGCUGCUGUUCACCAGAGAGGACGAAGCUGGACGCUGCAACGUCCUACAGAGCCCACUGUACCUGAACACACUGCAGCUCAGAGAGGUGUCGUCAGAGCCGCUCCAGAUCUACUUCCUGCAGAGCGCGCAGAGCUGCUGGCGCUGUCUCUUCAGUCUGGAGGCCUUCAGCAUCGAGCAGAAGGUCAGGGUCAGUCUCUGUCUCCAUGACAACAUCCAACUACAGCUGGUCGCCCAGGAGAGCGGACACACCCACCAGCUCUCAGACCUCCCCUCAGACCUUGGCCUCCUCUCUCUCCGUCAGUCCGACCUCAUCUAUCAUCCUUCCGCUCCUUACUCCUCUUCUGAUCCUCCCCUCCUCCGCCCCUCCUCCCCCUACUCCUCUCUCUGUGACCCCCUCAGACCUCCCUCCCCCUCCACUUACUCGCCCAGCUCUCCAUUCUCCUCCUCCUCCACUCCUCUUCCCCACUUCUCCUCUCUCGCCCCAUGCACCACGUCUUCCUCACCUCCUUCCAGAACCUUCAUCACCCCACCUCACCUCCUCCCUCCGCCUCCCUCCUCCUCCUCCUCCACCCAGAGGAGUCUGGUCUGGAAGGAGAGAGGAGGAGCAGAGGAAGAGGUGGAAGAGCGGCAGCAAGGAGAGGGGGAGAGCGCCUCGGAAACAUCAGAGAACACCGGAGGUGUAGGGGGGCGGCGCCUCCUGCUCGGCCCCUACCACUUCAACAUGAAGGAGGAGCAGGAGGAGGAGGAGAGUGAUGAAGACGAGGAGGAAGGAGGCGCUGAGGAGUUUCUCCCCUGCUGCAGACCUGCAGUUCUGCGUCGCUCUCUCUCUGAGGGUUCUCUACUGCAGGAGCCUCGAUCGCCCCGCUUCCUGUCCGACACCACCAUCCAUAGACUCACCCGCCCGACGACCUUUGACCUCGACCCCGUCACAUGCCCGGGCCACCGCCCCCCCUCCAUCCACACCCUCAGGAAACAGCUGACCAGAGAGGGCGGGUCUCUGCACCACAUGCUGCUGCUGCUCAACGGCUCCAAGGAUCCGGAGUUCAGAAACCUUCAUCUGAGGAAGAAGACCAAGAGUCUAGCCGCUGAUGUUCGGAGCCGCCUGGCGUUUCUACGGCCACGGAAGAAGAGUACCUGCGUCCAUAGUAACAGUUUGGAGAAAGCCCUGAGAAACAACAGACCGUCUACAAGGGAGGUGCUGAGGUGGGCUGAGAGUCUGGAAGCUCUGCUGACCAAUCAGUAUGGUUUGGCGGUGUUCCGUCACUUCCUGAGGUCAGAGUUCAGCGAGGAGAACCUGGACUUCUGGUUGGCUGUGGAGAGGUUCAAGAGGACACGCCCCCUGAGCAAGAUGGCCACUAGAGCUGCGAAAAUCUACGACGAGUUCAUUUCCACCAGCGCAGCGAGACAGGUGAACGUGGACUCAUCCGUCAGAGAAUCCACCAAUCAGAGCCUGCGUCUUGGCGUUAAACCCUCCUCCUUCCAGCUGGCCCAGGAUCAGAUUUUCGGCUUGAUGGUCACAGACAGUUACCCACGAUUCCUCAGGUCCCGCCUCUACGCCCAGCUGGCCAAUCAGCACACACAUACAGCCACAGAGGUGGCCACUGACAGCGGAGCUGGGUCUGUGCCUGUCGGCCAAUCGUGAGUGAGAAGGCGACAGAGGCGGGGUCAGACUGAUGGUCAACCAAUCGGCUGUCAUCUGUUCCAAGAAGAGCCGGCUAAUUAAAAGAAACUAUCCAGUUGCAUUAUGGGAAAUGUAGGAUCCAGUGUUUUCUCCACCUGCUGCUCAGAUCCUUCACAGCUUCUUUGUUUGUUUCGUAGUGACAGCGAACCUCCUCAGUAUUCUUUGAGUAAUCAGUUUAUCAGCUUUAACCCACUGAGUCAAAUGUUUGUUUCGGUUCUAAAACUUCUAAUUUUAAGUCUGUGAAACCUGAAGUGUUUUAAGUCACUGUUGGAGUUACUCUGUGUUUAAUGCUAAUAAACUAAUGUUAGCAUGCUAGCACACUAAACAAAGAUGGAGAACCUGCUAAACAUCAGCAUGUUAGCAUAUUGAAGUUAGCCUUUAGCCUGCUGAUAUGGUGGUCACACAGGAGAGGCUUGUUGUCCUUCACGUUAUAAAUGUGUUCACUAAAACCAGCAGACGAGCCAAAGAGCUGAAGUCUGAACAUCAGGAUCUUUGGAAAAGAAAUAACGACCGUCUGUUUCUUGAUUUUCUGCCUCAGUAACUUUGUAGUUAGUUAGUGAAGUUUGUGUGAAUUACUAGACUGAAAAUGCUGUUCUGUCACAGAAGAUGAUUAAAAACGUGUAUCUGACGUUUGUCUGCUCACCUGUUGGAUAAAGAGACCGUGAGGAUUGA